AACCUGACUUAUCAAGGUUUCAAUCAUGUCAAGCGGUGAUGACAAAUCAACCACUAGAAGACACCAUGGGGAUGAACCUUUCAUGCUCAAAGCAAUGCAACAACAAUUUCAGAGGCUGGACAUCAUGUUUGGUAUUGUUAAGAUGAAGAUUCUUCCGGUUCAAGGCAAAAAUGAUCCAGAUGUGUAUUUGGAGUGGGAAAAGAAGGUGGAGUUGGUGUUUGAUUGCCAUAACUAUUCUGAGGAGAAAAAGGUGAAAUUAGCAGCUGUAGAAUUUACUGAUUACGCUGUGGUGUGGUGGGAUCAGCUUGUGCUUAGUCGACGUAGAAAUCGAGAGCGUCUUGUUGACACUUGGGAAGAGAUGAAAGCUGUGAUGAGAAAACGAUUUGUUCCUAGUCACUACUACCGUGAUCUCUAUCAACAAUUGCAAGGCCUUACUCAAGGGUCCAAAAGCGUUGAGGAUUAUCACAAAGAGAUGGAAAUCGCAAUGGUUAUAGCGAAUGUGGAAGAAGACAGAGAAGCACCUAUGGCAUGGUUUCUACAUGGCUUAAAUCGUGAUAUAGCUAAUGUGGUGGAGCUGCAGCAUUAUGUGGAAUUAGAAGAUAUGGUGCAUAUGGUAAUGAAAGUAGAACAGCAUCUCAAGCGUAAAGAAGCCACCAGCAGAACUGGACAAAAUUCAAGUUCCUCAUCUUCUUGGAAAUUGGAUUGGAGCAAAAAGGAAGAAAAUUCUGCUUUCAAGCGUACAACUGUAGCAUCUAAGUCAAAAGAAGUUGGCAGCAAUGAGAAGAGUAAAACAGAUAAUACGCAAGGCAGAAACCGAGACAUCAAGUAUGGAGAAAUUGAAACUGAGGGUGAAUCUGAUGAUGAAUCUAUGCCACCAUUAGAAGAUGCUAAUGAUGGUGUGGAAUAUGCCAUUGAUGGAGAACUGCUCGUCACCAGUGUUGUUAAAUCUCUUUUGCAGGACUUCAAGGACGUGUUUUCAGAGGACAUCUUUAAUGGUUUACCACCAACAAGAGGAAUUGAGCAUCAGGUUGAAGAACCCAUGAAGAAGGGGCAUGUGAGAGAAAGCAUGAGUCCAUGUGCAGUUCCAGUGCUACUUGUGCCUAAGAAGGAUGGGACUUGGCGUAUGUGCGUUGAUUGUCGCGCUGUCAACAAAAUCACUGUAAAGUAUCAUCACCCUAUUCCUAGAGUAAAUGACAUGUUAGAUGAACUGCAUGCCAACAAAGGGUGCAAGAAAGUUGUGUUUGAACUUGGAGAUUGGGUUUGGGUGCAUAUGCGGAAGAAGCGAUUACCUACACAAAGGCAUUCUAAGUUGCAACCAAGAGGCGAUGGACCAUUUCAAGUGAUUGCAAGGAUAAACGACAACGCAUACAAGUUGGAGCUUCUUGGUGAGUAUAAUGUUAGUGCUACUUUUAAUGUUUCUGAUCUUUCUCCUUUUGAUGUGAGUGACAAUUUGAGGACAAAUCCUAUUGAGGGGAGAGGGAAUGAUGGGAAUCAAGAUGACCCCACAUGUACCACGUCAAGAGAUCCAUUACACAUUACAGGAGGUCCAAUCACGAGAGCUAGAGUUAGGAAGAUGCAAAAAGCUUUAAAUGGCCUUAUUGAGCAAAUCUGGGUUGAUAACAACAUGCAAUAAGUAAAUCGAAGCUUGGAUGAUUAUCAAGGCAUUGUAAACAUCAUUCGGGUUCAAGAGAAGUUUAAUUGAGGCCAUUUAUGCUAAACUACAUAGUUUGCGUCAAAAUCCCCUGAUUCUGUCACAAUUUGUAACAAAUUGAUAUUUCAUGU